AUCUUCUUUUAUUAUCUCAUCUACCUUAUUGCAAAGUUCAAAACUUGUGAAACCAAAGAGAAGAUAAACACAAAACCAAAUUCAAAGACACCCUUUUCAAUGGCAUCUGUUUUAAGCCAAGUUGGUGUAGUUUUGUGCCAAAAGCCAUGUUUAAGUGAGAGAAAAAAUGGAAUUACAGGUACCAAUUUCAACACUGGUUCCUUUGGUAUUGGUAAGAAAGCAAGGAGUGUGGUGGUGAAAGCAGAGACAGGGGGUGUGAGUAGUAUAAAUCCAGAUAUAAGGAAGAAUGAAGAUAAGGUUGUUGAUGCCGUUGUGCUCAGUGAAGUCUCCAAGGCUGUUACACCUUAUUGCAGAUGCUGGAGAUCAGGAACUUUUCCUCUAUGUGAUGGAAGUCAUGUAAAGCACAACAAAGCCACUGGAGAUAAUGUUGGGCCUCUUCUUUUGAAAAAAUAGAGUUCAUAGUAUUUACUUGUGUUAUGAGAGAAAUAUUAAAUUUUCAGAGGUUGUUUAUGUAUCAGACACAACAUUUCAAUGUUGGAAAUAAAAUGUGACUUAUUUUUCAAUUCAUCUUAA